UCGCGCCCAGUCCCUUGCGCAUGUGCCUGGGCUGCGGCGGGGGUCUAUCCUGUCCGUAGGAGCUGGGCCAUGACAGCAGCCGGCGCCCCGUCGGGCGGAGGGGCUGGGAGCUCCAAGGUGGCGCCCAGCGUGGAUUUCGACCAUAGCUGCUCCGACAGUGUGGAGUACCUGACCCUCAACUUCGGGCCUUUCGAGACAGUGCAUCGGUGGCGCCGCCUGCCGCCCUGUGAUGAGUUCGUAGGGGCCAGGCGCAGCAAACACACCGUGGUUGCCUAUCGGGAUGCCAUCUACGUGUUUGGUGGUGACAAUGGAAAAACAAUGCUGAAUGACCUAUUGAGAUUUGACGUAAAGGAUUGCUCUUGGUGCAGGGCUUUUACCACAGGGACCCCUCCAGCGCCCCGGUAUCACCAUUCAGCAGUAGUCUAUGGGAGCAGCAUGUUUGUGUUUGGUGGCUACACUGGAGAUAUAUAUUCCAAUUCCAAUUUGAAGAAUAAAAAUGAUCUCUUUGAGUAUAAGUUUGCAACUGGCCAGUGGACAGAGUGGAAGACUGAAGGAAGAUUACCAGUUGCAAGGUCAGCUCAUGGUGCAACAGUGUAUAGUGACAAACUGUGGAUCUUUGCAGGAUAUGAUGGAAAUGCACGGUUAAAUGAUAUGUGGACAAUUGGCCUACAGGACAAAGAGCUAACAUGCUGGGAAGAGAUUGAACAGAGUGGUGAGAUCCCGCCUUCCUGCUGUAAUUUUCCUGUGGCUGUUUGCAAAGACAAGAUGUUUGUGUUUUCUGGCCAGAGUGGAGCAAAGAUCACCAAUAAUCUCUUUCAGUUUGAAUUCAAGGAAAAAAUUUGGACACGAAUUCCUACUGAACACUUACUUCGGGGCUCCCCUCCUCCUCCACAGCGAAGAUAUGGUCACACCAUGGUUGCCUUUGAUCGCCACCUCUAUGUGUUUGGUGGUGCUGCAGAUAACACAUUGCCAAAUGAACUACACUGCUAUGAUGUGGACUCUCAGACCUGGGAAGUUAUCCAGCCUAAUCCAGAUAGUGAGGUGGCCCAUCCAGAAGUUGCUGAGAGGGUAGCUGCCCCAGAAGAAGCUCCUUCCUUCUCCUCAGAAGAACGUGGUUUAAAAAAAUCUCGAGAUGUAUUUGGUUUAGAUUUCGGCAUAACAACAGUUAAACAACAGCCCACAGCAGACUCUGAGCUGCCAAGUGGGAGACUCUUCCAUGCUGCAGCUGUCAUCUCAGAUGCCAUGUACAUCUUUGGUGGGACAGUGGACAAUAACAUUAGAAGUGGAGAAAUGUACAGAUUCCAGUUUUCUUGUUACCCAAAAUGCACUUUACAUGAAGAUUAUGGAAGACUGUGGGAAAACAGGCAGUUCAGCGACUUGGAGUUUGUUCUGGGAGAGAAGGAAGACCGAGUCCGGGGACAUGCAGCCAUUGUCACAGCUCGCUGUAAGUGGCUAAGGAAGAAAAUUAUACAGGCAAGGGAGAGAUUGAAACAGAAAUCUAAGCAAGAGAUUGAAGAAGAGGGACAAGCACUGUCCCAGAACGAGGGGAUUUGUGGCGAUGUCAAGCUGUGCUGCCUGCAACCCCUGCUGGAAGUGACAAUCCGAGAAGCUGAAGCUCAGCCCUUUGAGGUGCUCAUGCAAUUCCUGUACACGGAUAAAAUAAAAUACCCACGCAAAGGUCAUGUGCAGGAUGUACUACUUAUCAUGGACGUGUACAAACUAGCCCUGAAUUUCAAGCUCUCGCGACUGGAACAGCUCUGCCUCCAGUAUAUUGAAGCAUCUGUAGAUCUACAGAAUGUGCUCAUUGUGUGUGAAAAUGCUAACAAGCUUCAACUGGAUCAACUAAAGGAACACUGCCUGAACUUUGUGGUUAAAGAGUCACAUUUUAAUCAGGUUAUAAUGAUGAAAGAAUUUGAGCAUCUUUCCUCAUCCCUGAUAGUGGAGAUAGUACGAAGAAAACAGCAGCCUCCUGUUCGAACACAUUCUGAUCAGCCUCUGGAUAUUGGAACAUCUUUGAUUCAGGAUAUGAAGGCUUAUCUAGAAGGAGCUGGGAUCGAGUUUUGUGAUAUCAUCCUCCUGUUAGAUGGCCACCCAAGACCAGCACAUAAGGCAAUUCUGGCAGCCCGCUCCAGUUACUUUGAAGCCAUGUUCCGUUCCUUCAUGCCAGAAGAUGGACAAGUAAAUAUUUCUAUAGGUGAAAUGGUUCCCAGUAAACAAGCAUUUGAGUCUAUGCUGCGAUACAUUUACUAUGGUGAAGUGAACAUGCCUCCUGAAGAUUCCCUCUACCUCUUUGCUGCCCCUUAUUAUUAUGGUUUCUACAACAACAGACUUCAAGCAUACUGCAAGCAGAACCUGGAAAUGAAUGUUACAGUGGAAAAUGUGCUCCAGAUUUUAGAGGCAGCUGACAAGACACAGGCUCUGGACAUGAAGAAGCACUGCCUACAUAUCAUUGUUCACCAAUUCACCAAGGACAGUUUGCUAUGCUUAUAACUGGACAUUGUUACUGAGAGGCAUACUGGGGACAAUACCUGAUUUUCUUUUCUUUUUUUAUCUGAAAGACCAGUUUUUUGGAGACAUGAAAAUGUACCAAAACAGAGCAGAUAUUCAGAACUCCUACCAUUUUCUUAUCCUUUUCUUUCUGAGAUAUUAGCCAUUCUGUGCCACACCAGUGCUGGGUUCUGACAUGUAUGACAAGAUAUGUUUGAUAUGUAUUGAAUGUACAAGCAUCUCUCUCUCUCUCUGGCAAUCAUAAAUGUGAUGCUCAGUUUUCUGGUGAAGGAAGUACUGCCUGUGUGGUAGUGGUAAUGGUAAUAUUACAUGAUUUCAUAAAAUAUAUCAUUAUGUUCUGGGCUGGAUCUUCUGCAGCCUCCAUAUUUGUGAAACUUAAAUAUGGAUUAUUGUAUUAAAUAGUGAUAAAAUGUCAAAAGACUGAAAUUCAAAUCCCCUGUUAGUUUGUGUCAUAUGAUAUGUGGUCCCUUAUUGAUGGGAAUAUUGUUAUCCAAUACAUUGUCUAUCCAAACAAAGAACCCCAACCACCCAGAAGCAGAGCAGACCUUGGCCUGAAAGGUGAACAUUUUAGAAAGUUAUGAGCAAAUGAAAACAGGAGUUAGAAUGGAAAACCGCACUAAUUUUUCUCUACCUUUGAUUCUAGUCUUGCACUGACUUCCCUUCUCCACUGAAGAUCUUGUCUCUUUUUUUUUUUUUUAAGGAGAGACUAUUCAGCAUGAGCUUCCACUUCUACCCCUCCCCCUCAUUUGUUCCCAUCCUGUACCAUCUCUCCCUACAUCCCAGUCUUCAACUCAGCAAUAUGUCUCCUGCUUUCUUUCUCUAACCCCGCACCCAGCACCUUUGACCUACUCUUUUCUCAAAGGUAGAUCUCCCUCACUGAUCUCAUCCUUCCACCUCCCCCUCAACCACUCUGUCUCCAACAUACCAUCUCCUUUAUUGUUAAAAAACACCCUUGAUUCCCUCCUGCACUUCUUCUCCAACUGCUGUCCCAUCUCACUCCUUCCUUUUGCUGCUGAAGCACAUAGUUUACUUCUUUUGUCUCAUCAUCUCCAUCUUCAUUCUUAAUCCCCUACAGUCUGGCAUCUGUACCUCCACUGGAUGCCCUCAACGAAGUCACUGAUGACCUCUUCCUGGCCAAAUCCCAAGACCACUCUGCCUCUCUCAUCCUCCUCAGUCUUACACUUACAACCAUUAACUCAGCUGAUCCAGUCCCUCCUCCUAGUGAUUCUCCUUCCUUGGCUUUUUAGGGCUUGUUUACAUGAUAAAGUUGUCCCAGUUUAACUGAUGGUGUGAAUUUCAAUAGAUUCAGUUAACCUGAUAUGGACACUAUUCAGUUUAAGAGUGGCUUUUUAUGCUAAUAAUCUGAAUAGGAACAGGCUUAGGGCAUGGCUACACUUGCAGCUGUAGAGCACUGGGAGUUAAACCAACCUUCGGAGACUGCAGCAGGGAAAAUGCUGUUGAGUGUUUACACUCUCAGCUGGAAGCGCACUGGCUUGGCCACAUUAGCAACUCUUGCAACGCCACAAAGAACAGUGCAUUGUGAUAGUUAUCCCAGCAUGCAAGUGGCUGCAACGUGCUUUUCAAAUGUGGGGGGUGGGAUGGACAGGGAGUGUGUUGUGUAUAUGUGGAGGGAGAGAAAGCGGGUUUUUGGGGGUCUGAGAGCAUGUCAGCAUGGUGUCUUGUAAGUUCAGACAGCAGCAGACCUCCCUCCCCCUCCUCCCCCCCCAACUCAAACCAAGCAGCAUUCCUCAGUAAUGGUUCCUUUGUCUCAGAACAGAUAAGCAGCCAGCUGUCAGAAACGGAGCUUUGAAAGGGCAUAUCCACAUUCCUACAGCGAGUUCAAAACAAUGACAAGAGUGGCCACUUGACUUAAGGGGAUUAUGAGAAGUUUCCGGAGGUCAAUCAGAGCGCAGUAAUGCAACACCUCGUUCACACUGGCGCCGCUGUGCUUCAGUGGGGGCGCAGCAAACGUUAUUCCACUCGCCGAGGUGGAGUACCAGCAGCGCUGUAGCCACGGAGUCAGAGCGCUCUACAUGCCUUGCCAGUGUGGACGGGUAGUGAGCUAGUGCGCCCGGGACUCCUUUAUUGCGCUGUAACUCGCAAGUGUAGCCAAGCCGUUAGUUCAACCAAAAUGAGACACUAUUAAACUGGAGCAAGAGUGUCCACAUAGGGGGUUGCACUAAUUUAACUUAAACCAAUGCAAUUUACCCAUGUAGACAGUGCCUUGGACUUUGGGUUCUUCUGGUUCUCAUCUUACACCCCCAACCACUCUUUCAGUGGCUACUUCGUGGACUCUGUCUCUCUUUCAGGGUCUGUCAGAGCUACAUUCUUGGCCCGCUCCUCUUCUCUUCUCGCUCCCUGUCUCUGUACAACUUCAUCUGGUUACACAACUUUAGCUGUUGCAUCUCUGGUGAAGAUUCACAAAUUCAUUUCUCCACUCCCAAGCUCUACCCAGUCGAUUAUUUCUGAUUGCCUCUCUGACAUCCCUUCCUGAAUUUCUAAGUGUCAGCAAAAUCAGCAUGACUAAAACUGAGCUCCUUCCCUUUCUCCUGAAGCCCUCUCCUCUCUCUCCCUUUGCUGUCAAGGUUGCUUUCUCUUUUCUCUUUGUGCUGCAGUAUCUCAUCCCUCGUAUUACUUUGGAUUCCUCUUCUCUGUCCCUCCACUCCACCCCAAAUUGAAGCUAUCACUAAAUCCUGCUAGAUUGCCUCACAGGCCUAAAACCUGCUCAUCCCUCUCCAUUCUCACCUUGAAAUCCACAGGGUUCCAUUCUUGCUAUUGUCAUCUCUCCCUUAACUUCUGCAACAGCAUCCUGUCUGGCCUGCCUGACACCCACGUCCAUCCAAAAUGCCUUCCUUGCCUGCCAUUCUGAUAGCAUCAAGCCUUUGGCUGGCUUUCCUCUCCAUUUCUACAGCAAAACCAAGCUCUUUGUCUUCUCGUUAAGGCCUUGCACAGCCUGAUUCCCACAUAUGCCCACAGAUCUUUCUUCUCCCCAUCUUUACUGUGCUCAAACUGCCUGAUUCACUAAGUCCUUGGCAUCCUUUCCCCACUCCCGCCUCCCUGGCUUUCCCCAGAUGGCUCCCUACACACACAGGUCCCUCCCUGACCUGCUCUGCAGGACCUCCACCUUCUCCUCCUUCAAGUCCCUCCAUUAAAACAGACUACUUCCAACAAGCCUGCAAACGCUAGUCCUCCCUACAGAGGUGUGGUCACAUUUCCUGGGUAAAGAACUCAUGGAGCUAACAAGAAUGCUAUUCUUCAAUGCACAUUCUUGCUGCUUGUUGCCUCACCCCUCCAUCCCCUUACAGACUUUGUAAUAACAUCCUGAGAGUUGGCACUACUGGCGGAGUAAGGGAGCAUAAGGCCCCAGCCCAUGCACAGUCAUGCAGUACCUCCCUAGAUCUUGAGUCUGGGCACAGGGGAAAGAGCAGGGGCAGCAGAGAUGGCUGGACACAAUGGGAGGAGUAUGCUGCAUCUGCUAAUGGGUGAUGCACAGCCUGGAGGGGAGUGUGCAGCAAUACAGGAGUUCUGAAAGGAUUGUGAGUUACCUGAAUGUAAGAGUUAUUGAUCAGGGAGUAUAGCUUAGUGGGAGGGCACUCACUGAGAAGGUGACCCAUGCUCUAGUGAUUCUUUAAUUGUUUAUCCAGAGUGGAAUAGCUUUAUCAGGAGAGACUGAGGAAGGCCCACAUCAAAAUGUCCCAUAGCCCAGUAGUUAGAGCAGGGGUAGGCAACCUAUGGCACACGUGCUGAAGGCGGCACGCGAGCUGAUUUUCAGUGGUACUCACACUGCCCGGGUCCUGGCCACCGGUCCGGGGGGCUCUGCAUUUUAAUUUAAUUUUAAAUGAAGCUUCUUAAACAUUUUAAAAACCUUAUUUAUUUUACAUACAACAAUAGUUUAGUUAUAUAUUAUAGACUUAUAGAAAGAGACCUUCUAAAAACAUUCAAAUGUGUACAGGCAUGCGUAAUACAUUUUAAAUCAGAGUGAUAAAUGAAGACUCGGCACACCACUUCUGAAAGGUUGCCGACCCCUGAGUUAGAGCCUGCACCUGAGAGGUGGGAGACCAUCCUCUGCAUGAAGGGGGAAUUGACCCUGUGUUUCCCACAUCCCAGGUGAGCAUGCUAGUCACUGGGCUAAAAGUUACAUGGUGGGCCCCUCCUCCUGUGUUUCUUGCAAAAAAGCAGCUUAGGUGCCUGAGUCCAGAAGAAGGUUCCUGCCUGUGAAUCAUUAGCAGAGAUAGGCACCUCCCUGCAGCAUGGACUUAAGUGCCUAACUUUGUAAGAGGGGCGGGGAUUAGAAUACACCUUUCUCCUCAUGAUCUCCCAUUGGCUAAUUGAAGCAGCUUCUGGCUCACCAUGCUGGCUUUUGGAUCCUGCUCUUAGGCACCUAGAUCUCCCCAUGUCUCAUAUUGGCACCUGAUUCAGGCUCUGUGAAUCCCUGUGAUAUUCUAGAUGCCCAAAAGUUAGGCAUGGCAAUGCUCCGCAUCACAAUGCCUAACUCCCAGUUCCACUCAGAUACUGCAUCUUGCCAAUGCAUUAGCCAAACUUUGUCUGACGGAAGAGUUCUGGGAAUGCAGGUUUUUCAGCUAGGAUAGUAUGGGUGCUGUGGUUGAUAACACUAGAUAGAAAGGCCUGAUUUUUAGUACCUAGAUGAGCAUUAAACAUAUACCUAUUUUAUCCAUAUACAAACAAGCAUAAGCUUACACACCCCUCCCCCCAAGUUUGACUUGCCUGUGACUAGGUAAGCAUACUUCAGCUACAUACCACAUGCAAAUUGCAGGGCUCAUGACCUGAGGUCAGGUCAGAAUUGAAAACCUGCUACCGCUAUCAGAGCCGGCUCCAGCGUUUUUGCCGCCCCAAGCAGCGCGGGGGGCGGGGGGGAGCUGCGAUCGGCGGCACUUCAUUCUUCAGUGGCAAUUCGGCGGCAGGUCCUUCCCUCCAAGAGGGACCAAGGGACUUGCCGCCAAAGACCCAGAUGUGCCGCCCCUUUCCGUUGGCUGCCCCAAGCAUCUGUUUGCUGCGCUGGUGCCUGGAGCCGGCCCUGAGCGCUAUGACCAUAAGCGGUACAACCUGUACUGGUCAACGCCGAGUGCUGGGCAGUGGUUAAUAAAUCAAGAAACCUCAGGAAGCGCCAACCGCUUCGGGCUGAUGAGCGCCUGAGGAGAGUAGUGGAACCCUUGAUGGAGGAAAUGCCAUCAAAAGGCAGAUGAGCAAAUUCACUCAGUGUUUUUACCAAUGAUAGCCACACAGGACAGAUUGGGCCAUUCAGCUGUGGCUGAUAACCAGUCUAGGAGUGGAGCCCUGAAAGGUAGGUAGAUGGAUGAUCUCUUCUGCACUGGCAACUCCUGCAGCAUAGCUGAUUCCAAAUGUAUCGACUCCCAUCCUUCCUUUGGUUCAAACCAGUGAAGUCAAGAGGAGGACACUGACACAUGGGCAAAGCAGCGCCUUCUUAUCAACUACCCAGGCUAUUGCAGCCACAUCACAUGGAGAGGACAUUCCAUCCUUCCUGGCAACAUGAACACAACACGGAAGGUAGCAGUUACGGGUUAUAAGCUCUCACUUGAUUGGCAUAGAGGAGGGCGCCACAGGUCAUCUUUGAUGGUGGAAAGAAUCACUGCGUUCCAUUGGUCAGCCACCACCCACCACAAAGCCAGGCAGCCCCCAGAAAGUUAGGUGCUGAACCACCACAGUCUGUCCACCUCCUGGGGUGCAUGGGGCUAGACCAAAAGUUGAAAGGCAGACGGAAAUCUGGCACCUGGCAAAAAUAAGAAACCAAGAACUUUCUGGAUUGGAAGCUGGAAUGUCAGGACCGUGUGUCCGGGAUUGACAGAUGAUGAUAACCUACAAUACACAAAAGAGAGUCCUGUGGCACCUUUAAGACUAACAGAAGUAUUGGGAGCAUAAGCUUUCGUGGGUAAGAACAAGUGGGUAAAGCUCCUAGAGACACCAAUCGGGAAAUCAGAGCAUAUCAUUUAACUUAAACUUCAGACGACCAUCGGCUCGGUGAACAUCAUUAGUGCCUAUGCACCAGUACUCAAAUCUAGCCCCGAGGAGAAGGAUACAUUUUACAACUCUUUGGAUCAAGUCGUCAAAAGAAUACCAUCAACUGAGCAACUUUUCCACCUUGGUAACUUUAAUACAAGAGUCGGCGCAGACAACAACUCAUGGCCAGAUUGCCUAGGACAUUUUGGCAUUGGCAAGAUGAAUGAGAAUGGCCAACAACUUCUUGAAUUCUGCGCCCAAAACCAAAUCCGCAUUUCCAAUUCAUAUUUUACAGGAAAAGAUUGCCACAAAGCAUCAUGGCGACAUCGGCAAUCAGGUCUCUGGCACCAAUUAGACCUUGUUAUCGUCAGGAGGAAAGACCUACCCUUAGUGCAGAACACUCGCACAUUCCACAGUGCUGAUUGUGACACUGACCACUCCUUGAUUAUUCGCAAAGUGAAGAUUACAGCCAAGAAACUACAUAGAGCAAAACCUAAGAGCAAGCCCAAAGUUAAUGCUAUUGACACCAAAAACCAGAGGAAAUGCCAGGAGUUUGUGAAUGCUUUUGAACUUAGCAUGCAUGGGAAGUCAUUACCAGAGAAUGCAGAGGAAUUUGGGGAAGAUUUAAGAACAACAAUCCAUGAAACAGCUUGAGCUACAUUUCGGGGGAAGAGUCCAUCAAAAAAGGACUGGUUUUAAAAAAAUGAAGUGGAACUAUUACCUCUCAUCAACAUUAAGAACACAGCCUAUCUGGAACACAACAAGAAGCCAAUAGAGAGCACCAAAGUGAGACUUCAGCAUGCAAAAGCUGAGGUGCAGCGAGCAAGCAGACACUGUGCAAAUCAUUACUGGAUCAAGCUCUGUGAAGAGAUACAUACAGCCUCAGACACAGGAAACCUCAAAGUCAUGUAUGAAGAAAGUUCUAGGUCCUACUGUCAACAAGGUUGCUCCUCUCAAAUUGCACGGCAGUGAAAUCAUUACAGAUAAAAGCAAGCACUUGUCUUGUUGGGUUGUACACUAUUCAGAGCUAUAUGCACAAGAAAGAAACAUCACCAGCAAAUCACUGGACCAAAUACCAACUCUACAGGUCAUGCCAGAGCUAGAUGUGGAGCCCAUUGUAGAAGAACUAAGCAGGGCCAUUGAUUUGCUAUCAAGUGGCAAGGCUCCUGGAAAAGAUGGCAUCCCAGUGGAAAUCCUCAAGUAUGGGAAAGACAGCCUAUUACCAUAUCUUCAUCAGCUGCUAUUUAAAUGCUGGAAAGAGGGUGAGGUACCACAAGAGAUGCACGACACAAACAUCGUCACUUUGUAUAAAAAUAAAGGCGAAAAGGGUGAUGCAACAACUACAGAGGUAUCUCGCUACUAAGUGUAGCAGGAAAAGCCUUCACAAAAGUCUUCUUAGUGUGCCUACAACAGCUGGCAAAUCGUGUCUACCCUGAAUCACAGUGUGGAUUCAGGGCUGGAAGAUCAACUAUAGACAUGAUAUUUUCUCUGCGAUAACUCCAAGAAAAGUACAGAGAGCAAAACCUAGCAUUGUACAUCACCUUUGUGGACCUAACCAAAGCAUUCGACACAGUCAGCAGAGUAGGUCUAUUUGCAAUACUAGAAAAGAUAGGAUGCCCAUCAACCCUGUUAAGUCUUAUAUGUUGAUUCCACAAUAAAAUGAGAGCAGCUGUCCAGUUUGACGGGUCCACCUCCGACAGUUUUGAGAUGAAAAGCGGAGUGAAGCAAGGAUGUGUUCUUGCCCCUACAUUCUUUGGAAUCUUCUUCUCGGUACUCUUGAACUGUGUGUUUAAGGACAUGAAAGAUAGAGUGUAUCUCCACACAAGAUCAGAUGGCAAACUCUUCAAGCUGUCCCAACUGAAAUCGAAGACCAAAGUCAAAAAGGUGCUAAUCAAGGAACUUCUAUUCACUGAUGAUGAUGCCCUGUUAGCCCACAAUGAAGAUCUACUACAAGAACUCAUAGACCUCCUUUCAAGUGUCUGUCACGCAUUUGCUCUCACUAUCAGCAUCAAGAAAAUGGUUGUAUUAGGACAGGGGGUUCCACAAGAUCCUUCAAUUACCUUAAAUGCAAAUCAGCUAGAAGUAGUCCAAAAGUUCAGCUAUUUAGCUUCUACAGUGACCACCAACCUCUCACAGGAUGAAGAACUAAAUGUUCGCAUUGGAAAGGCAGCCACCACCUUUAGCAGACUAACUAAAAGAGCAUGAAACAACUCAAAGCUUACCAUCAAGACCAAAAUGCUAGUGUACCAAGCCUGCAUCCUCAGCACUCUCAUGUAUGGUGGGGAAACAUGGACAACUUAUGCUCAUCAGGAGAAAAGGUUAAACAGUUUCCACCUACACUGUUUACACCACAUACUCAACACCAAAUGGCAAUUAAAGUCUCCAAUGCAGAGGUUCUUCAAAGGGCAAAGUUACCAAGUGUAACAGCCCUGCUCAAGCAAAGACGACUGCGCUGGUUGGGCCAUCUGAGUAGGUUGGAAAAUGGACACAUACCCAAGGACAUGCUACACGGGGAGCUGUUGGAGGGAACAAGAACAACAGGACGUCCCAAGCUUCGCUAUAAAGACACAUGCAAGCAAGAUAUGAAGGAAUUUGGAAUUGAUCCUGACCAACGGGAAGUCUUGGCAAGUGACGGUAACAAGUGGUGCCAUCGUCUCCAUCAGAGUAUCAAAGUCCAUGACAGAAGCUGGUUCUUACAGCUUGAAGAGAAAAGAGCCUGUAGGAAGGAAGCAGUUCCCAACCAAGAUACAGACAUUUGCAAUAACUGCCAAAGAUUUUGCAAAUCUCAGAUUGGAUUAUUCAGUCACAUGAGACAUUGCAAAUCAUCUACAUCAUAGGCUGCAAUUCCCACCGUCUCUCGCAGACGAAAAAUUGCCAACAUGUCUAAUCUGGCAAAUUUAUAUGGCUCCUGUCACGUUAGUAUCUGAGCUCCUAAUAGUCUUUACUAUAUUUAUCCUCCCAACAUUCCCCUGAGGUAAGGAAGCACUGUAAACUCCAGUUCAUAGAUGGGAAACAAGGGCACAGAGAGCUAGAUCCACAAAGGGAAUUAAGUGUGUAACUCCCACUGCAGAUGGCAAUGUCCAACUUUUAGGUACCAGUGAGAUCAUCAACCCCCACUCAGCUACUUCCUAACACUGUAGGCACUUGAGUUUCUGCCAGAAGGCAUGCACAAAACCACUGAAAUCACCAAGCUGCUCAGAGCCCUCUCUUACACUUAAACCCUGGUGGAUUCACAAAUGAGGCGUUCCCCAAUCUGGUAAGCAGACUCUGAGCAUAUCUAAGCUGCACAAAGGACAUUUGUAACUCUGUGGGCAUGUACUCAAUGCCCAGAGUUGGGAGCGCUCAGUUGGGAUAGAGAAGAUUUGUUUUCAAAUCCUUGCGCUGCCUGAUUUGGAUCAGGGACUUGUACCCAGGCCCCACACAUGCAAGGGGUGUGUUUUAAUCAUUCAGCUAUUGCCUGCUCUUGGAUGGGGCUUGCUUAGUGUCUCCUGUUAAAGCUGUUCCACUUUGUAUUAAAUAAUUAACGAUUCAUUGGAACAGGGAAGAGCUUGACAAUAGCUCAGUGACUAAGGCACUGACCUAGGACAAGUCCCUGUUCCAAUGAAUAUUUCAUUAUUUAUAUGAAGUGGACAUGUCCAACAGGAGAGGCAGUAGCACGCUCAUCCCAGAAUAAACUCACCUGGCAUGUGGGAAAAUCAAGAUCACAAACCUGCUCUGAAUCAGGCAUAAGGGCAGUUUGAAAACUGGUCUCCUGCAUCAGGGCUGAGUGCCACAGCCAGUGGGCAGCUAUGGUUAGUUUCUCUUGCUCCUUUUUCCUGAGAAGGGGCUGGCCUAGCUAAGACACGUAGCUGCAAGAGAGGGUUCACAGCUGAGAAUCCCAAAUGCAGCUAGGCGCCCCCCUCAGGCCCAGAGCUAGGCAUUUAACUGCCUUGGCUUUUUCUGCUUACUGGCUUAGCAAGGCUCCUCGCUCAGCUGUCUCGCUCUCCAGGCAUUGUAUAGGGAGCCUGGGCACCUGACUCAAGACUAAGGAUUCUACUGCGAGGCAGUGUACCUAAAAGUCCCUUUGUCAAUCUAUCCCCGAGAGACUAAGGACCAGAUAUAUAAAGGUAUUUAGGUGCCUAAGGUGCAGAUAGAUACAGAAUGGGAUUUUCAGAUGUGCCUGAGCAUGUUAGGCGUCUAGCUCUCAUUGAAGUGAAUGGCACCGAAUCUAUUUAGGUGCUUUUGAAAAUGCCACUGGCAGAAACUUAGGCAUAUAGGAAAUUUUAUUAGGCUAGGUCUAUACUACCCGCCUGAAUCGGCGGGUAGAAAUCGACCUCUCGGGGAUCGAUUUAUCGCGUCCCGUCAGGACGCGACAAUCGAUCCCCGAAUCGGCGCUCUUACUCCACCAGCGGAGGUGGUAGUAAGCGCCGCCGACAGAAAGCCGCAGAAGUCGAUUUUGCCGCCGUCCUCACAACGGGGUAAGUCGGCUGCGAUACGUCGAAUUCAGCUACACUAUUCACGUAGCUGAAUUUGCGUAUCUUAAAUCGACUCCCCCCUGUAGUGUAGAUGUACCCUUAGCAAAAAUGUAGGUAGCUAUGGACUUUGGGCAGCAGCUGAGUAGAGGGUAAGAAUCUCAAGGACACUCGCAUUUUUUAUUUAAGCCCCUAGAAUGGCAGUUAGGCACCGAAGUCCCUUUGUGGAUCUAGCCCUAGAUGCCUACAUGCACCUUUAGGUACGUAAAUGUCUUUGGAAAUCUGGCCCUGAGGGACUUACCCACAGUCACAUAUGGAUCUGUAACCAAACAGGGCUGUCCCUUCUGUCCACUAAGUGCACCUCGCUUGCACACCUACCUAGGUACUGUCAGGCCCAAAAUAAGGGAGAGGGUGUUUGUUUCUAUCAUCUUUGCAUUCUUUCCAUUCAAAAAACUGAACUGCAUCAGGGAAGAACAAAAGACCAAAAUGACACAAUUGACCACUGCAUACAAGUAAUAUUUAAAAUGUAUGAUCUCUGAAAAAAAUACAGAAAUAUUGAAGAAUCUGGAAAGACAUAAUCUAUGCUAGAAUUAACCUAAUGGAUUCAGCAUUCCAUGUUCUACAUUUCCAUUUGGAAAUGAGAUUAUACAAUAGGUUCUGGCAGUCAUAGAGUGUUUAUCCGGCUGCGUUUACUGCUGUGCAAAAUGUCUUAUUUUAAUGCAGUGUCAUGGUCUUGAGUGGAUAUAAAGCAGAUAUCCGCAGAUUUGCAUGGCUGUAGUCUUGACUUUCUUGUGGUAGACCUGAUCAGUAACAAGUAACUUGAAACUAAUGUUGUGACCUAUGUUGCACUGUGGCCAGAAAAAUGAACAAAAUGCAUCAUUUCAGAAAAUGUUUGAGCUCUAACAUUUUGUUAAAUUUCUGUCAUUGUUGCUAAUUUUUUUCUUUUAAUUAUGUUUUGUAAAUUAAAAACUGUCUGAUUCUAGGGACAGGCUCAUCAAAUUAUCAUUGAAAGACUGAGUGCUAGGGAAGGAGAAUACCUGCAGCUUUCAAGAAAUCCAAAUGCUGUAAUGUUUAUGUU